UAUCAGCUACAAGCAGCAAUUAUCAACUAUAGUAUUAUUCAAUAUUGUUUCACCAUGGCAUGCAAGUUCUCAGCCCCAUUAGCACUAGUCUGCCUUCUGCUCUCUGUUUUGACCAGAUUCUCUUAUGCUGGUACAAUCGUGGUCUACUGGGGUCAGAACGGUAACGAAGGCAGCUUGGAGGAUACUUGUGCUACAGGCAACUAUGGAAUAGUUAACAUUGCUUUUCUAGUCACCUUUGGCAAUAACCAGAGCCCGGCGCUCAACCUUGCUGGUCACUGUGACCCCGCCAGUAAUGGUUGCACUUUCUUAAGCAAUGACAUCAAAGCUUGCCAAAGCCAGGGCAUCAAGGUCAUGCUAUCCAUUGGUGGUGGUGCUGGUAGCUACUUCCUUACCUCCGCCGAUGACGCCCGAGGAGUUGCACAAUAUCUAUGGGACAAUUUUCUGGGAGGACAAUCAAGUUCUAGGCCUCUAGGUGAUGCAAUUCUUGAUGGGAUUGAUUUUGAUAUCGAGGGAGGCACAACUCAACACUGGGAUGAACUGGCCAAGGCUUUGAACGAGUUCAGCCAGCAAAGGAAGGUUUACUUAACUGCAGCUCCACAAUGUCCCUUCCCAGACGCCUGGCUAAGUGGUGCACUUAAUACUGGUCUAUUUGACUAUGUCUGGGUCCAAUUUUAUAACAACCAACCUUGCGAGUACUCUGGAAACGCUGACAAUUUGAAGAAUUAUUGGAACCAAUGGACAUCAUCAAUCUCUGCCGGACAAAUAUUUUUAGGGUUGCCUGCAUCGCCUGAUGCCGCCGGAAGUGGCUACGUGGCGCCUGAUGUUCUCUCAUCUGAAGUGCUACCAACAAUCAAAGGUUCUUCCAAGUACGGCGGUGUUAUGCUUUGGUCUAGGCAAUAUGACCAAAGCUACAGCGCAGCUAUUAAGCCUAACGUUUGAUUUAUAAAGAGCCUACAUAUAUAUUGACUGAAAGAUUUCAGUGGCGGCGUCUACUCUACCCUACUUAUAAUAUAAUAAAAGCUAAAUUUAUCCGCGGUAUCAUAGCUACAUGUGUGUGUUUGUAUAAUUAAGUAGUACUUUACUUGUAUGUAUGGAUUAUAUGCAACGCAUAUCUACUCCAUUUGUACUAAACAUUUAUACAUAAGGUGGCUGGCUAAUUCUAAUAGUCAUGCAU